GGUGAAUCUGCUCAUGGCUUUUCCUGUCAGUGUAGCAAGAGAUUUAGGUAAUACGACGCAGCCUGCCCCUUCGUUAUUAAGUGGCUCCCUCGGCAAUCAAAGAAAGGUUCAAUCAAGCAGAGAUCUGAGCAACCUCGAUCACGGGACGGUGCAAGCAUCAUGGGAUUGUUCAAUCUCUUUGGCGGCCCUGAUGUGGGCAAAUUGGGCUUUGGCAGCGCGACCACCGCUCAGGAAGCGGUGGCGGGGAUUGAUCUCUCAGGAAAAGUCGCUGUGGUUACAGGUGGGAGCAGUGGCAUCGGUGUUGAGACUGCACGCGCACUGUCUUCUCAAGGUGCACACACGGUGCUCGCUGUGCGAAAUACAGAGGCAGGGCAGGCGACGAAAGCGGAUAUCCUCAAAGGCAGCCCUAAAGCCCAGGUCGAUGUGAUGUCUCUCGAUCUGAGCUCCUUGGAUUCCGUCAGGAGCUUCGCUAGCGAGUUCGAGAAAACGAAGCUGCCCCUCAACAUUCUUGUAAACAAUGCUGGAGUGAUGAUGUGCCCCUUUUCUAAAACCAAGGACGGUCACGAGAUGCAGUUUGGCACUAACCAUCUAGGCCACUUUCUGUUGACGGAUUUGCUGCUCGACAACCUGAAGCAGACGGCGAAGAAGACCGGCACGGAGAGCCGCGUCGUACUUCUUUCCUCCCGAGCACACCAUCGAACGUACGGAGAGGGCAUCCGCUUCGACAAGCUCAACAGCGAAGAAGGUUACAGUCCCUUUUCGGCGUAUGGCCAGUCGAAGCUCGCGAACGUGCUGCACGCAAACGAACUAGCGAAGCGCCUCAAGGCGGAGGGCGCUGACGUCACUGUGAACUCGGUGCACCCGGGGGUCAUCGCCACCAACCUUGGGCGGCACCUGCCGGGGCCCGUUCAGUGGCUACUGAAUAACGCAGUGAGGCCGUUCAUUAAGAAUCCCGAGCAGGGUGCUGCGACUUCGGUGUUCGUCGCUACCAACCCGAGCUUGAAGGGGGUCACCGGGGAGUACUUCGCGGACUGCAACGUCCAAGAAAAGUCGGCGUUUGGAAAGGAUGCGGCGUUGGGCGAGCGACUGUGGCAAGUAAGCAAAGAGUUGACCGCCAAAAAGUAGCUGAAGGGGUUGGCCACGCGUUGUCCUUAGACAGGGAGUAUUGGCCGGUUAUUUCUUGUUAUUUUGCAGGUAGUCAGGAAAAAGACGGCAUGCACGUUUCACGAUAUUGCUGCGCAUUGUGGUAUUAUAACAUGGUCAAAGUGAUGGACACAACGAUCAAGUUAGCAACACUCAAAUGGUCUAGGCUAGCGCUUGUGUACAUAAAUUAGCCUUACACUUUGAACAGGCUCUACUUUUGCCGACAAUACUUCGACAUUAUCGUACUGAGCAAGGCCAGUGAACAUGUUGUUGGAUAUUGAACGUGGAAACCUUCUAACUACACUGAGUGCCGUGCCGCGGACGGGGCCGGUCCGGGCAAGCAUUCGCAAACAUGACGGUAC